CGCGCCCCCGCCGCGGCUCCGCGCCUCCGCCGCCGAGCGCCCCGGCGGGCCCGAUGGCGAGCACGUCGGCGGAGAUCGUCGCCUUCCUGCUGACCAUCUCCGGCUGGGUGCUGGUCUCCUCCACGCUGCCCACCGACUACUGGAAGGUGUCGAGCAUCGACGGCACGGUCAUCACCACCGCCACCUUCUGGGCCAACCUCUGGAAGACCUGCGUGACCGACUCCACCGGCGUCUCCAACUGCAAGGACUUCCCCUCCAUGCUGGCGCUGGACGGUUACAUCCAAGCCUGCAGAGGACUGAUGAUCUCCGCAGUCUGCCUGGGGUUCUUCGGUUCUGUGUUUGGGCUGAUUGGGAUGAAGUGUACAAAAGUCGGCGGUUCUGAUCAGACCAAAGCAAAAAUAGCUUGUUUAGCUGGACUGAUUUUCAUACUGUCUGGGCUGUGCUCUAUGACUGGUUGUUCCCUGUAUGCAAACAGGAUUACGUCUGAGUUCUUUGAUCCUUCUUAUAUUGCACAAAAGUAUGAAUUAGGAGCAGCUUUAUUCAUUGGAUGGGCUGGAGCUUCACUCUGCAUAAUUGGUGGCAGUAUAUUCUGCUUCUCAAUAGCUGAAAACAGUAAAUCUCCAAGGAGGGGGUAUGCAUAUAACGGAGCCACAUCUGUGAUGUCUUCUCGCACAAAGGUUCACAGCAGCGUCCCAGACAAAACCCCACCAAAGCACUUUGACAAGAACGCCUACGUUUAAUUGUACUGUUCGAAGAUCCAAAAAGCCAGUUUUGAAAAUGAGUUUGUAUGUUUCAUUCAGGGUGAUUUCUCCCCCACAAAACACAAUGGAAUAACCACUAAGACGAUGAAUUUUUAAGAUACUAACUUGCAGCUUUUUACAUAUUGAUGUAAAUUUUAUUAUACCAUAUUGUAAGAUUGAUGUUGGUAUUGUAAAGUUUAUACCUGCAAAUCAUGCAUUGAUGCUGCUUUCUAAAAAAAAAUAAAAAAUAAAUAGGGUAUUUACAGAUGCAGUCUGUCAGUUGCUUCAGGAAUGGCACCGCACACAUCAUAGUUACUGUAGUGCAUCAUUGCAAGUGAUUCUCAAACGGGUUCAGUACCGGACAGGAGGGUCAUGCUGUGCAGGUUAAUAUGUAAAAUGUCUCCCCACUGAUCAGCAGUGACGUUGGACUUUCAAAGCACAUUGCCAGGUGAUGACAGUCAAUGGGAAUCAGCAGGCUCUUAUCUGUUUUGACAUUGCCAGGGGCGAGGCUCUUAUCUCCUUUUGACAUUGCUAGGGAUGUAAGAAAAUCGUUCAUCGAUUCAGUGCCACAGGUAUAAGAUCAAGAGCCUGGGUAAAGUGAAAAUAAGCAUGUGGUUUGGGGAGCCAGCAGCAGCACAGUCUAAUCAGGUACAAAGGAGAGUCAGGGCCAGUUGUUACGAAAGCAGUUGUUAAGAGAGAGCCUCACACGGCAUAAGAAGAGUGCACGUGUGAUGAUAAGCACCUGGCGAAGGACUAACCAAAUAAAAGAUUACAGUACUUAACAGCACCAUUUUGGAUAAUCUUGAAUUAGUUAGAGCAGUUCAGAAAUUCAGCUCGUACUGUUUCUUUGCCUGUUUCUAGAAACAUGAUGGGUUUUGAGGGAACAUUUAUACAAUGAGUCAAUAAAUAAAAUCAGAGCCUGUGAAUAACCACUAAAUAGUUUCUAGGCUGAGACCCUAAACUUAGACACAAACUCAGGCCUGCCUUGAGAUUUGAACAGAUGGACCCUUGAAGUUUCAUUGCAUUGGCUAUUUUGGGACAAAGGUGUAAAUACAAACAAUAGGUGGUCCUAUUUAUUAAUGGCACAGCACGACAGAAAAAGACAGGUUUAUGUCUGACACCAUCUAAAAUGCAUCAGAGUGAGAAAGUCAUUCACAGUUAUUUUACCUUAUUUUUGUAUUCAAGUCAAAAUAAUAUUGUGGCAUUAUAAGAAGGCAGGCAGUAUGUACAAAACAGAAAUAUGAAAGUACUUGCUCAAUUAAAAUAAGGAAAGUACUGACCCUCA